UUCCCCAUCCUCUAUCCCUGGGCGUACGCUACAGAAAAAAUUGAAGAGGUUAAAAGAGAAAUAGGAGAUCUCGUUCAGCGUUUGCCAAUGGAUGAACCAAUAGGCAUAGAAGAGUACAUAGAUAUCGACAAAAAUGCAGAAAUUUAUUCCUCUACUGACGAAAACGGUUUAUUCCAAGAGAUUGUAGAUACGGUUAAUCGUAUUGAAACAUUAGAAGAGGAUAAACCUUCCGAAGAACGAAUUGUAACAAGCUCUGAAGCGUUUUUGGG